AAAAAGCCCCAAUACGGAUAUCUUAGAAGCAGGAAAUGGUGUAUUGAACUCAAUGACAACCUACAAGUGCUUCCAGAGAUGCAUUGUCUUCCUUUCCUUUUUGUAAUUCUUCAGGCACACAAAGCCAUGUCUGAAGAGGAAUUUGUGGAUACAACUGUAAAGCUUACCAAGAAUAUGAUUUUCGAGUGUAUAUAUCCAGAAUUGGACUUGAUAAGUCAGGUAGAGUGGUUCAAGAUUACAGUAACAGGGAAAGAUUCCAUGGCCAUUUUCAGUCCUGAAUAUGGUAUGCGCAUUAGGAGAGACUAUAUCAAUAGCAUUCGCUUUUUGAACUCCAGUUUGACUGCAAAUGAUGUUUCCCUUUUCUUUCAUAAUGCCUCAAAAGCUGACCUUGGCCUUUAUUAUUGCAUUCUUCAACUUUUCCCUCAUGGACGUUGGGAAAAGGUGAUAAAAGUUGUUCAUUCAGAUGCUUUUGAAAUCCAAGUUUCCUCCAAUAACCAUAUGGUAUCAGAAGCUGGAAAAAAUGUCACAUUCGUAUUUCAGACUCACAUGGCCAGUCCCUUGAAACAUGUGACAUGGGAAAGGAUUCAGCCACAUCAGAUUGACCACUUAACUUCCUGUAACUUGAACAAUGAGAAAAGUUAUGGCUUUAAGUAUUCCAAAAAAAUAUUGACAAACUGCAGCCAAGGGAUGAAAAGUAGCUUUAUUGUUAUUCACAAUGUCACUGCUUCUGACUCGGGUUUUUACCAAUGUUGCUUAACCACUGACACAGGAGAAAAUGAAACCUUUGUGAUCAGAUUGACUGUGACUGAUGCAAAAACAGACCAUCAAAUUUUUUUCCUCAUGGCUGGAGGUGCAGCUUCAUCCUUAAGUCUUGCGAUAUUUAUCAUCAUCAUCAUUGGUUAUUGUUGCAGGAGGAAGAGAAUGUCUAAGGCACUGUGGGAUACUCAGACCCAGCCAUCUAAAAACUAUGCCAGAAGUGGGGUUCCUGACCAAACUCAAGACUACAAAGAAGAGGAUAUUUAUGUCAAUUGUCCUGCCUUCUCUCAAAGACCAAAUCCAAGAUAGCAACUCUUCAGUUUGGUCCAAGCAAGCAUAUAAAAUCAAAUACAUAUUGUCUUUGGAGAGUUCCUCCUCUGUAUUCGCAUAUCUAUAUUGAUUGAAUUAACUUUAUCAUACAGGGAAGACUAUUUCAUUGAAGAUA